AGUUUCUCAAGUAUCAGAAAAGAUUUGUCCUCACAGGAAACCAUCUAUGGAUACUUUGGUGUCUUUAAAGCCAGAUAAACUUACAGGUGGACCAAUUCCGUGACUUCAUGAGAGGGAAACCAUUUUUUGGACACUUUCUUGUCGCCAUCUACCCAAGUGGAGAUGUCUGAGGAAAAUCUGGGGGAAGAGUCGGGCAGCUCUCCUGUCUCUCCUGUGGACAGCUUGAGCAACAGCGAGGGGGAGCUGGACAGACAGCCGAAGAGGUGUGGGAGGAAGAGGAGACCGAGCAGGAAAAACGGGGAGGACUCAGAUAGCCCGACCCCUGGGAAAAGAGGGAAGAAGUCCAGCAGCAGCAGCCCCCAGUCUUUCGAGGAUCUCCAGUCGCAGCGGGUCAUGGCAAACGUCCGGGAGCGACAGAGGACCCAGUCUCUCAACGAGGCGUUCGCAUCUUUGCGGAAAAUUAUCCCCACUUUGCCCUCAGACAAACUCAGCAAAAUACAGACCCUAAAACUUGCAGCCAGAUACAUCGACUUUCUCUACCAGGUGCUGCAGAGCGACGAGCUGGACUCCAAAAUGUCAAGUUGUAGUUAUGUGGCUCAUGAGAGGCUGAGCUACGCCUUCUCUGUGUGGAGGAUGGAGGGCGCUUGGUCCAUGUCAACAUCCCACUAACAUCUGGAGAAAUUAUGCCCUAUAUGAUGACUGCUGAAUCUACUUAUCACAUUCCGACGGGACAAAUCUGGAGUCCAAUGCUGGAUACAUGGGAUCCCUCUAUUUAAACCAAAGACCACAGAAGCUCUGGGGGAUCAUUUUUGCAGAGGCCCGAUAGGGACCUGCAGCCGUGUGAUUGCCUAUGGCUCACACACUCCCAUUCUGAUGCGUUUUCACUUAGCUGACGACGAAUGUUAAAUCAUGUUUUAGGCUUUUUAUUUUAAUUUUAUUUUUUUCAAGGAAAGGACAUUUUGAAUGCAUGUCUUUGGAAUUAUUUUUGUGGAGGUCAAAGUGCAUUAUUGAAGCAGUUGUGAGACUGUCAACUGGUGGUGCAGCUCACAUUAUAGGCUGACUGUGUGGAUCUAACCUGUGCAACAACAACAAAAUAUUUUCAAAAUACAUUUAUUUAUUUAUUGGUGAAACGUGUUACAUUGAGGAAUAGAUCCUGUGUCUGAAAUACAAAUACAUUCCUAUUUUUAUCAUCGUUUCUUUUGUAAAUGUCUGUAUAUUUUUUGCAUUAAAGAAAAUGAAGACU